UAGAAACCAGCUUCAUUUGAAUGCCUUAACCCUUUUGUAUCUAUUGAUUCAGGAAAAAAAACUCACUUCCACUACCCAAACUGGAGGGUGAUGAACGUGCAAAAGCACGCUCUCUGGCAACUAUUUAUUCACAUCCGGUGCCACCUCUUCAAAUGACGGGGCAAACAGUUUGAAAGGUUUUACUAGAGCUGACCUAGUUGAGUGGUUGACAGUACUGAAGGUUCCUCAUGAACCAUCCUUGCAUAUGGAUGAUUUUGUCCGCAUCAAAACCGGCAUACGGAGUUUCAUACAAGCGGGAUUAUUGAAAGAUGGGCUAUGUUCAGUUCAGGAUGAGAGUGCAGGUUUGGUGGUGUCUGUUGUGGAUUCACAACUUGGAGAGACCAUUGUCGACUGUUGUGCUGCGCCUGGAGGAAAGACUCUAUUUAUGGCAUCACGUUUGAGAGGCCAAGGUAUGGUGUAUGCAAUUGACGUAAACAAGGGCCGCUUAAGAAUUCUCGAAGAGAUAGCCAAGUCACACAAUGUCAAUGAUGUCAUCACUGUUGUGCAUGCUAACCUUCCUAUAUUUUCUGAAAAGAUAUCCAAGAAGUUUGAUAAAGUUUUGUUGGAUGCUCCUUGUUCUGGAUUGGGUGUCCUCUCCAAGGAAUUCCUUAAACAAGUUCAUAUUUCUCGAAAGAUAAUUAAAUUGGGAUUAUUUUGGAAUUUGGAAAAAAAUUAAAAUAGCCAAUAUUGGUUUGAAUCAUCAAACAGCUGCAAUCAUUGAUAGUAUUGACAUAUAAUAUUAUUUCUUUUUGGGUCAGUUAUUGUUCAUGUGCUUGCUUCUAAGAUGCUUUGAUUGGUAAUGGUAAGUGUUUUACGAACAUGAUUAUUUUCUGCCUUUCCUAAGUCUUAAUGACUAAAUCUUCCUUUCCUAUUCAAUUUGUUGUUUAAGAGAGCGGACUUACAUUGGAACAGGAGAUUAGAGGAUUUGGAACAGUUGACAAAUUUACAAGAUGAGCUCCUUGAUGCAGCUUCAUUGAGUUCACUAUAGAUCUUGCUGAUAGGUACGUCCCACCUGAUCUUGUUACGGACAAAGGGUUCUUCUUCUCCAGCCCAGUCAAACAUCAUCUUGAUGGAUCAUUUGUGGCCCGCCUGGUCCAAUCUGUAGACCACAAGAUGAACCCUGGAUAGCAAGCAAAAUGUGAACCUCUCCUCUUUAAUCAAGACAAGGUAGGGCCAUGAUGGGAUACAAUUAUCCAACAAGAAACUUAUCUCUUGUAACUAAUGUUGUCAAAAUCGUUAUCAUAUUGCAAAUCGUAAUUGGGGUUGAA